GCAAAAUGGAGGCGAAAGGUCGGGCUGGUGGAGAGGUCCUGGCGGAAAGGUCCUGGCGGAGAAGGACACCGGGGACAGCAAGUAAAGGGAGAAGAUUGUGUGACCAUGUCUGCUCAACUUUGACAUCUCCAAAGACAGUUCUGCCUCCAGGACAGUGGAGGUGAAACGCACAUGAAGUUCUCUCAGCACUGAGUUCCCUCAACGGAAUGAGAAUAUCUGAAGCUGAACAUGCUGGCUAGAAAUGACUCCUUAGUGACUGAGUUUAUUCUUGCUGGAUUAACAGAGCGUCGAGAGCUCCAGCAACCCCUCUUUUACUUGUUUCUAAUGAUCUACAUCGUCACCAUGGUGGGCAACCUCAGCUUGAUCAUUCUUAUUGGUCUAAAUUCUCACCUCCACACCCCCAUGUACUAUUUCCUCUUCAACCUUUCCUUCAUUGAUCUCUGUUACUCUUCUGUUUUCACGCCCAAGAUGCUCAUGAGCUUUGUAUCCAGGGGGAAUAUCAUCUCCUACGUCGGGUGCAUGACUCAGCUGUUUUUCUUUCUGUUUUUUGUCAUCUCCGAAUGCUAUAUGUUGACCUCAAUGGCCUAUGAUCGCUAUGUGGCCAUCUGUAACCCGCUGCUGUAUAAGGUCACCAUGUCCCAUCAGGUCUGUUCAGUGCUCGCUUUGGCUGCAUAUGUGAUGGGACUUGCUGGAGCCUCUGCCCACACAGGGUGCAUGCUUAGACUAACCUUCUGCAGUGUUAACGUCAUCAACCAUUACUUGUGUGACAUCCUCCCACUGCUCCAACUCUCUUGCACCAGCACUUAUGUCAAUGAGGUCGUAGUUCUCAUUGUCGUGGGUGUUAAUAUCACUGUGCCGAGUUUCACCAUUCUGAUUUCUUACAUCUUCAUCAUCACUAGCAUUUUUCAUAUCAAAUCUGCUCAAGGAAGAUCGAAAGCCUUCAGUACUUGUAGCUCCCACAUUAUUGCUCUUUCACUGUUUUUUGGUUCAGGAGCAUUCAUGUAUCUUAAAUAUUCUUCUCCUGGAUCUAUGGAGCAGGGAAAGGUUUCUUCUGUUUUCUUUACUAACGUGGUGCCCAUGCUCAAUCCUUUGAUUUACAGUUUGAGGAACAAGGAUGUCAAAGUUACACUGAAAAAUUUCCUGUUCAAAAUUCGGUGGAGAACCAUGUUCUAAUCUGACGCUUCAGUAUUUUAAAGAAAUUUAGUUUUCUUAUUUAAUUUUUAUCAGUGUUUUUCAAGAAGAAUCUUUGUUUAUCACCAUAUUGCUCCUACAUAUUGUGUUAUGUUUGGCAAUUCAACUUGUCUUAUCAUUUCCUUUUUAGCUUGUCUUGUCUCAUUUUUUUCCUUGUCUCCUGUGCCUCAUAUCACUUUACUAAAUAUUUAACAUGUGUAUAAAAGUAACAAAUAUGCUGACCUUUUAAAAAUUAUUUUCUCAUAUUUCAGCCUUCUGGGUUAUUCCUAAUCUUGGCAAAUAUGGUCAGUCGUAAAUCACAGAAAGUUAAAAUUAUGGUCAUCUGAACACAUAAAUUCCAAAUAGUAUAGAAACAUUCUCAUUCUUGUGUAUAAUAUUGCUUGUAUAGGAUUCAAUAAAACAUCUUCAGU